AUGAUCAUCGAUAACCUAUCGGGCUCCGUCUUCCAUCAUUACUCCUCGCCGGCCAUGUGCGAGAAGUGUAACCAUGACAAGCAAGAGGUUCAGCUGGCUGAAAUGGAAGGCUUAUCCCUAAACUCAGACAAGUCCUCUUCUAUCCUCUUAGGGGAUGAUUUGGACAAUCGUAGCAUCUGUCAGUUGAGUCCUAAGGAGACCAAGAACGGCCAGGACAGUCCUGACUCUGUGGUGGGAGGAGGCGUGGGGGAAUGUUUCCUCCCCCUAUCAAAUACAGAUGCCUCUCUGAAUCCAGAAAGUUACUUGUGUGAAAUGGAGAAAAUCCCUUUCAAUCCAGUCCAGUCCUGGCUGAAGCAUGAGAGCCGCCAAGUUCCCCCCAGCCCCUUCUCUCCAGGUACAUCCAGCCCUCUGUUACCUGUCCCAGUGGAGUUUUUCCAUCCAGCCCUCUCUGCUACACAGGCAGGACAGGAGAAGGUUUUGUGUCCAGGCAGCCUUCCUAAGAUCUCUCUGCAGGGAUCUUGGGCUUCACUGAGGUCUCCAAGUGUAAAUUGCUCCCUUCUCCAUCAGGCCACGGAGAGUGACACAUCCCUUGAUGACAGCAGGAGCAAUAGUUCAGAAGGCAGCUUACAGACCACCCUGGAGGACAGCCUGAACCUCAGCGAUUCACCCCAAUGCACUCUGGACCUCCCAGUGGCCCUGUGCCCAAUGCCAGCAGCUGCCACCCAAAGAACCAUGGUGGCUCCACUUUCCCCUGCCUCUCGGCGGCGGAGCCUGCGAACCCGUGGCAUCUUCAGCCUGGGGAACAUCAGGCGACAUCAGCGGAGCCACAGCAGCGGCGGGAGCACCAGCCCUGGGUGCACCCACCAUGAUUCCAUGGACCCUUCUGAUGAGGAGGGUGUGGGGAGCAGCCUCAGGGGUGGCGGCAACAACAGCGAGCAGUCAGAGACCCUCAGCAGCCUCUCACUGACUUCCCUCUUCUCCCCGCCCCCACCACCCCCAGGUCUGGCGCUUGUGAAGAAAUGCAACAGCACCAGCAGCCUCAACACAUCCAGGGGCCCUGCCACAAAUGAAGCCAGGCAGUUCUACUCGGUCGACCCACGGGGAUUCCUUUCCAUGCCUUCCUGGGUGACAGACUUCUGCAAGGACCCCCCCUCAGCAGGCGAGGGUGAGGGCCCAGAUGGCCCCAGCAAACUGGGCACAGCAGAGCACAGCUCCCCACUCCCAUCAGAGCUAGAGCUGGGCAACGGAGUCAGCAAAAGGAACAGAUGAGGAUUCCUGGAGCAGGAAGGGAGCGUGCAGUGUGGGCAAGGGAGAGCGUUGUGCUACCACUCCCCAGCAUCAAUUCCAAAGGAUUGCUGGGAAAAGAAAUGAGCGAACAACAUAUAUAAAUAUAUAUAUACACAAAAUAAACACUCCAGUACCGUACCUCAGAGGCGCAAGAGAGCGAAAGCAAUAUGGGAACAAUCCUGCCUGCGUACGGGAGUGGGAGCAGCAGCGCAGAGACCACAGCAAACGAGGCGGGCCGGCCAGACUCGGAGGGGGGUGGAACCUCCAAGCCAAGUGACUGCCAGGCAGCGGCGGUUAGCUAUAUACAUAUACAUAUAUAGAGAGAUUGAUUUAUUUAUUUUUUUUACUGAGAGAUUAUGACUUCCAGAAAGUGCUAAGAAGGAAAAACAGUGGGGACUUGGGGCCGUUCUUUUCCAAUGGGGGGAGGGAGGGGGAGGCAAAAAAAUUAGGUGCAAAACAGAAGCGGGGGUGGAAGGUUUAUUUUGGAGAAUUUCUUAUUGUUCAUGCUUCUGCUUUGAAAAUUCAAAAUGUGUGGGCCUGAUCUACAGUGGGUAGAAAUUGCAGAGAAGCACCUUUAAGGUCUUCAGCUGGUGUAAAUCAGCAUCACUCUGGUUUUGAUGGCUUGAUACUGAUUCACGCUUAGUGAAGGUCUGGCCUAGACAGCAGGAAAAACCAAAUAGCUGUGGGGCACUGGAAGCAAUAUGAGGUCACAAUGGAGUGCUUUGAUGAGAGAGUAUAAGCACACCAAGAAUGCUCAGGGGAGAGAGGGCAUGUGGGAUGCUAUAUUUUGUUGGUUUUGUCAUUUUAUUUCAUUCCAAAGAAAAAGAAAGCUGCUAAGAGACACGAUCUCUGCGAGGUUUGGGGCUUGGGGAGAGGUGGAGGGUGAAAUUUUUCCCCUUAGUUUUAUGUAAUUGUGAGGUUUUAUUUUAGAAGCCCAAAGGCGCAAAAACCAUCUAUAGAGAAACAUAUCUGUUAUUUUUAUAUAUAUAUAUAUAUAUAUAUAUAUCUAUAUCUAUAUAUAUUAAAAGAAGACAAAAAUUCGAUUUAAAAAGAAAGCAAAUCAAAAUUAACCUCAGUCAGUUCCCAGGCUCUGAGCUGGAGUUUAUGACUAGACUCUGCACCCAGUCCUGCUGGUAUAUGUCUUCACUGACUCCAUGGAAGUCACCAGUUCUGCUCUCACAACCGUGUAACUCCAAGGGGGGCAUCACUGAAAUUAUUUUCAGUUGUUGCCAGUAUAUGUGUGUGGGAGGAAUCAAUCCCCUUUGGGAGCUGAAGGUGUGGAAAACCUAGCAGGGUCAGGCUCUGAGGGCAGAACUUGGCCAUGUGUGUGCAUGUGUGUGCAUGGUGUGCAAUCUCAUGGCUAACUGACUCUCUAGUAACAAUUUGAGGGGAGAGUGUCUCUCACCUUAUCUGGACUUUGCAAAGAAGUAUAGUGUGUAGGGGUUUGCUGAUUGAUGGCCAGAGUUGCUGGGGUAUGUGGGAAAGCUGUCCCCUCAUUCUGGAAGUUCUGCUUCAGGUUUAAGCUUAAAUCAGGGAGAUGUGAUUCUCUUUCAUCACUAGGGCAGCAAGGACUCCUGAGACUGUAUCCAUUUUCCGUUCAGUGGAUGGUCAGCCUUGGCUUCACCAUUCACUUUCUUUGCUUGUAUUUUACUAGAGAUCAGACCUGGAAGUCUAGUCAUAAGUCCCUUUAUUCUUUCCAGGUUUAUGUAUAGGUAAGAAACGGGACUAAGUUAUGAUCUGAUGAGCUUAAAGAAAUGGGGACACAAACAACAGUCCACAGGGCUCCAAGAUAGGUUUUUCUGGGCAGAGAGGUGGAACGAAAAGAGAGUGGGAGGUUCAGAGGACAUUGAUAGUCAGAGGAAGGAAGGAAAUUCCCAUCUAGACAUUGUUUCUCCCAGAAGCAAAACAGUCUCUCUGGCUGCUGCAGCAAACCCCUCUUGGCUACACCUUUCCUGCUGGGCUUGGAAGCACUGUGCAGCCUGGCCAUUCUCUACAGAUUUUCUGCUUUAUUUUUACCUGUCUGGUUCUUGAGAAACUGUUGCGUCCAAUAAGCUGGGAGCUGCAAACAGCACACGUGUCAAAUGGUACAACAAAAACAGCAUAAUUAACUUAAUGUAUGUAAGUGAUUUGUUGGAAGAAAUGUGUGUUUUGUGGAGAAUGCAUGCAUUGUCCCUGCAGGGAUAGCAAGUCUGUAAGGAGAGGACAGGACCACUGGAGUCCCCACCUCAGCAGGAAGGAUGCUGGUCCUGGUUAAUUAAAGCAAUAAUAAGGUUCUUAACUCUGUUUUUUUUCACUUGUUGGUCUUUUGGUAGGUUCUCCCUGACCAUUCUCUUAUUCAAGCAGGGGAGAGAAAUACUGCCUGAUUUUGCAUUAUGUUGGAAGAAAAACAGUCAAUCCACAAUAGACAGAAGACUGCAAUUGGCCACCUGAGGCCCAAACUGUUAUCCUGAUACACUUUGAAGCCAGAGGCAGGGCUUUACAAAAAAAAAA